AAAGCGAGAAGAAACAGCAAAACUACUAAUCAACGGACAGAAAAGCAAGUGGACGAAUUCCCAGUUCCACUAAAAUUCCAUGAGGGAAAAACAUAUUCUGGUUUAAGAAGGAAGAGUCAUUCGAGAUGUGCAAAUAAUUUUUAAGUGCAAAGAAAAGUAUACAAAACAACAAAAAAAAAACACGCCAAAAAUUGGCAACAAAGUAGUUGGUUUACAAUCGCAGCAAUUAUCGUCAGCUGCUGUUACGCUUCCCCUCAUCUCCGCUAACUCUGCUGCUGUUUAAACAACGUCUGUGGUGUUCUGGAUUGUUGGCAUUCCGAAUUCCGGAUGUAAGCGUGAUUUUUACCACCAGCAGUAAUGUCAUUCUGAAGUUCGCCUCCUACUCUCUUUUAUAGUGCAGCAAGCAGGAGACCUGUGUUUUAUCCAGCCCGUUCACUUCCAUUAGUAGCCGCCGCAGUUGAGCGCUUACCGGUCACCGACGCGCCUCAGUUUGCUAUCGUACGUCCGACUAACCGCAACUGUUCGCUACGGCAAUUUAUCGCGUGCCAACAACAAGAGCAAGAGCAGCAACAUCAUCACCUCCUCGGCGACGACGACGACGACGUCGACAACUACUCCCUACAACAAUCACGAAAAAUGUCCAGUGAAGAGGACAAACCGCCAGCGCCGCCCGUGCGUUUGACCAGCAACCGUGGUGGAGAUCGCGUUGGCGGUGGCAGCCUAAAUACAAGUGGUGGUGUUGGCGGUGGUAGCGGCGGUGGCGAUGUCCCACCCGUCGACAUGCGUCCAUUGCCCAAAGAACCCGAUGAUCCCGAUCGCAAGAAAAAGACACUGAAGAAUAAGAUAAAAGGCUCAAAGCCCUCGCAUACAGACUCCAAGCCGAAUAUUUCAUAUCCCACUAAUUUCGAGCAUACCGUGCAUGUGGGCUUUGAUGCGGUCACCGGUGAAUUUACGGGCAUGCCGGAGGCAUGGGCGCGUCUGCUGAUGAACUCGAACAUCAGCAAGCAAGAACAGAAAAAUAAUCCACAAGCUGUGCUGGAUGUGCUCAAGUGGUUUGACAAUACAACAAAGCAGCGGCCAAGUUCCAAGUACAUGACAAAUGCCAUUACGACGCAUUCAGGCUCCUCACUAAGUCGUGUGAGCAGCAGCAGUCCCAGCAGCACUCCAACCGAUUCUGAGUUGCACGCCUCGAACAGUGGUGGCAAUUUGAUUGGCGUUAACCUAAGCAACCUAAGUCUGGGCGGUCCGAAUGUCAAUUCUAAUGCAAAUAAUGUGGGAUUGAUUGGACAAUUGGGCAACAGCAUUGGUGGUGUACAAUCCAUACAUGGCAAUCACCAUCAACAGUCACAUGGCGGCAGCGCUGGCGGCGCCUUAAGUCAAUCACAUUCGUAUAAUUUUGGUGGCAAUACUGCCUCCUCAUCUUCGCAACAUUCGUCCGCCAAUGAAGAUGACAUACUCGGUGCGCCACAACCGGCGCCACCACCGAUUGCGUCACGACCGGAACGUACGAAAUCAAUCUAUACGCGCCCAAUUGAGGGUGUUGGUGGAGGCGUGAGUGGAGUAUUGGAGAGUAUCGACCAUUUGCGUGCAGCGGCUGCGGCCACUCCUACACCGUUGCACCAGCAUCAGCACCAGCAACAUCAACAAAUUCAACAACAACAGCAUCAGCACCAACACCAACACCACCACCAGAAUAAUGUGGCGCAACCGCAACAGCAACAAUACCGCACGCCGACUAACGCAAUUACGGCAACCACAGCCGCUAGCGUUGCAAGCGCUGCCGCCACUGCACCAGCAGCAACAACAGCUGUAACAACAACGUUGGAUAAGAACAAAAAUAACGAAACAGCAGCAGCAAAGUCAGCAACAGCAACGUCCGAAUGCGUUGUGACUGCGCCGCCUCUGCCACAGCAAUAUGUUGAGCCUGUCGCUACGCAUGCAUCGACUUCUAUUUGUAAUCUAACCACAACGUUGACUACGUCGACGACCAUUGCCAGUAAUCUCAGUAGUAAUACGAGUAUUAUUGGUGUCAUUGGUUCUUGUUCUACUUCUACCAUUACUACUACUACUAACAUUGCAACAGUUGACACAACUACAACAAGUACUAACUCCACUGCUAGCACUCAUUUGCAAUUUAUCGAUUGUAAUGCAACGACGACUAAUCACGAUUCUUCUGCUUCCUCCUUUUCAUCGUUUCCAUCAUUUAACGACGAUGUGUCGCUGCUGCCACCCAUCUAUUGUCCCUCGGUGACAUCGUCGAUAUGCGAAUCUGUGGCUAUGCCAACGCCACCACCUCCACUACCAACGCCCACAACUGUCACAACAACAACAAUCACACCGGCUACACCCAUAACUGGUGAUAUUGCUGCUGCUGCCGCUGCCGUUGGCGUUAACGUGAACCCAUUCGCCGCGGCGGUUGGCGACGCAUCAACUGCAGAUAUUUAUUCAACCGAUCCAACAACCAAACGCUUAACCGGCUCACCAGCAGCAGCAGUGGCGCAACAGCAACAGGGCACCACCACUCCAGCACAAUUGGUGACACCAUCAGCGGUGGCACCGAGCACUGCGGCGACUCCACAGCCACGUUCUGGUACCGCCAAGAAGAAGAAAAUGUCCGAUGAGGAAAUACUGGAAAAGCUGCGUACCAUCGUUUCGGUUGGCGAUCCAAAUCGCAAGUACACGAAGAUGGAAAAGAUCGGACAGGGUGCCUCGGGCACCGUGUACACGGCAAUUGAGUCCUCUACCGGCAUGGAGGUAGCCAUUAAACAGAUGAACUUAUCGCAGCAGCCGAAAAAGGAGCUGAUCAUCAACGAAAUUCUGGUGAUGCGAGAGAAUAAGCAUCCAAAUGUAGUGAAUUAUUUGGACAGCUAUCUGGUAUCUGAGGAGCUAUGGGUGGUGAUGGAGUACCUGCCUGGGGGCUCGUUAACCGAUGUUGUCACGGAAACGUGCAUGGAUGAGGGUCAAAUUGCGGCGGUAUGUCGCGAAGUGCUGCAAGCAUUGGAGUUCCUUCACUCCAAUCAGGUGAUACAUCGUGACAUCAAAAGUGAUAACAUAUUGCUCGGACUGGAUGGCUCAGUGAAGCUGACCGAUUUCGGUUUCUGUGCGCAAAUCUCGCCGGAACAGUCGAAACGCACAACCAUGGUAGGAACACCAUACUGGAUGGCUCCCGAGGUGGUAACGCGCAAACAGUAUGGACCAAAGGUUGACUUGUGGUCUCUUGGUAUUAUGGCAAUCGAAAUGGUUGAGGGUGAGCCACCCUAUCUGAACGAGAAUCCAUUAAAAGCCUUGUACCUCAUUGCCACGAACGGCAAGCCGGAAAUAAAGGAGAAGGAAAAAUUAUCGACAGUAUUUCAAGAUUUUCUAGAUCAGUGUUUGGAGGUUGAUGUCGAGAGACGAGCAAGUGCGCACGAUUUGCUGAAGCAUUCUUUCCUGAAAUUAGCACGUCCAUUGGCUAGUUUAACGCCUCUGAUUAUGGCGGCCAAAGAAGCCGCUAAAGGAAACUGAUUAAAGAAGAAUUAAUUUAAUUUACGCGAAAGUGAUGAAAUUAGAACUUAAAACACUUUAAUGAAAAAACAAAAACAAAAGAAAUUAUAUACACACAUACACAGAUAAACAACUAUGAUCGACAGAAAAAUUUAGUACAUAAUUCAAAUACUAGGUAACACAAACAGACCAGUUACACGUACACACCUGCUUAGCUGCAGGUUAUACAUACGUACAUAUUAAAUUUACAUAUACAUACAUAUAUAUGUAUAUAAAUUAAUUAUAUAUUUAAAAAUUUCUCUUAAGCGUAAAGUGAGCGAAGGAAAUUCACUAAAGUAUACUACGUUAAUAUAAAGUGAGCGUUAAUCGCAAAGAGAAACGAAAUACAAAAGGCAAAGCAAAAGCGAAGGCUAAAUGCGUUCUGUUUAAACAAUGAAAAGGAUUAUAAAUAAUAUUACACGAAAACGUUAUUUUUUUGUCAUUUGAUGUAAUUGAUAUCGCUUAAGUAAUUGUAUUAGAAACUGAUAUUGCGGAAAUUGUAUAAACAUUUGCGCGCUUUUCUGGCAAAGCGCCAGUGUUGAACAUUUUUUAGUUUCAUAUAAAAAUAAUGUGAACAUUUUGUUGAAGGCGUGAAAAACAUUUAAUUUAGUAUAACUGCUAACGCUCACAUACAUUUCAUGUUAUUUGAAUUGAAGUUUCUGUAAUUCGAUUUGCGUAAAUUUACUGAAAGAAGUUAUUUUUUGUAAGCUUGACAUUUUAUGUCUUAAAUACUUUUGCGUGGCGUUGUAAAUGCCUUUCUAAGUAGGUUUUUUUUAUAUUUCAUUUACCUUUUUUAUUUAAUUAAUUAUUGUUACAUUAGUACGUUAACACGAGAACAAA